GGCGGUGAUGCCGUGAGAGGGUGGUUCCGGUUCCGGUUCCGGGGUGGACGGUUGCCGGAGGCUGUCUGCGGUGUCGGUGGGUCCCGCGUUUGGGCCACAAGCUGCCGCCAUGUCGGUCCCCAGCGCCCUGAUGAAGCAGCCGCCGAUCCAGUCCACGGCGGGGGCCGUGCCCGUCCGCAACGAGAAGGGUGAGAUCUCCAUGGAGAAGGUGAAGGUGAAGCGCUAUGUGUCGGGGAAGCGGCCAGACUAUGCGCCCAUGGAGUCCUCGGACGAGGAGGAUGAGGAGUUCCAGUUUAUUAAGAAGGCAAAGGAGCAGGAGUUGGAGCCAGAGGAGCAGGAGGAAGAUUCCUCCAGUGACCCCCGUCUGCGGCGCUUGCAGAACCGCAUUAAUGAGGAUGUGGAGGAGAGACUCGCAAGGCACCGCAAAAUUGUCGAGCCAGAAGUAGUUGGAGAAAGUGACUCGGAGGUGGAGGGAGAUGCCUGGCGCAUGGAACGGGAGGAUACUAGCGAGGAGGAAGAAGAAGAGAUUGACGAUGAGGAAAUUGAGCGUCGUCGUGGGAUGAUGCGCCAGCGAGCCCAGGAGAGGAAGAAUGAGGAGAUGGAGGUGAUGGAAGUGGAGGACGAGGGCAGGUCUGGCGAGGAGUCUGAAUCAGAGUCUGAGUAUGAGGAGUACACAGACAGUGAGGAUGAAACAGAGCCACGGCUCAAACCUGUCUUCAUCCGCAAGAAGGAUCGAGUUACAGUCCAGGAACGAGAGGCAGAGGCCGUGAAACAGAAGGAGUUGGAGCAGGAGGCAAAGCGGCUGGCGGAGGAGAGGCGGAAGUACACGCUCAAGAUCGUGGAGGAGGAGACUAAGAAGGAGCUGGAGGAGAACAAGCGCUCGCUGGCUGCCCUGGAAGCGCUUGAUACGGACGACGAGAACGAUGAGGAGGAGUACGAGUCCUGGAAAGUGCGUGAGCUGAAGCGCAUCAAACGGGACCGCGAGGAGCGAGAGGCACUGGAGAAGGAGAAGGCUGAGAUUGAGCGCAUGCGGAACCUGACGGAGGAGGAGCGCCGUGCUGAGCUCCGGGCCAAUGGCAAGGUCAUCACCAACAAGGCAGUGAAGGGCAAAUACAAAUUCCUGCAGAAGUACUACCAUCGUGGGGCCUUCUUCAUGGAUGAAGAUGAGGAAGUGUACAAAAGAGAUUUCAGUGCCCCCACACUGGAGGAUCACUUCAACAAGACCAUCCUGCCUAAAGUCAUGCAGGUCAAAAACUUUGGGCGCUCUGGGCGGACCAAGUAUACACACCUGGUGGAUCAGGACACAACCUCCUUCGACUCUGCCUGGGGCCAGGAAAGUGCACAGAACACCAAGUUCUUCAAGCAGAAGGCAGCCGGUGUGCGGGAUGUCUUUGAGAGACCAUCGGCUAAGAAGCGGAAAACUACCUAAGGGAGUGCCCAGGACAGUGUCAUGCUGCUGACAGCAGGACGGAAAGGCACUUGUCUGCCAUGGGUCCUAACCCUGCCAGAAAUCUUGCGAGUGCGUUGGGGCAUAAAGUGCACCUGUCUUGGCCAAUUCCUUCUACUCUCCAUUUGUUGAGCUGGGUGUUGCAUUCUGUACUCCAGCGCUGAGCUCUCACCAUUCUGCCUGGUAACCUGCGCGGGGCUGCACAGACUUUCCACCUGGCUCAAUUGGAAUUAGAGGAAAAGUCCAUCCUUGUGCUAGGCUAGCCAGACCCAGUGCUGAAUGGCUUUCGCCCCCACCAGCCCCAAGGAACUAGACAGCUUCCCAGAUUCCCACUGCCAGAGGGCAGCAAAUUCCCAGUUCUCUUGGAAUUAGCAGCAAGGUCCUACAGGCUGCUCCAAAGUAUCUCCCCACCUCUGCACAACACCCCAUCUACAGUUGGGAAUGUAGUUCCCUUUUGUUCUCUGGAACAGCUGUAACAGUCUCCUCUGCCCCACCUCUGAGGGGCUUCCAAGUCUCUUUGGCCUAGCCCUCUGCUUGGCUCUAGGCUUCCCUACCUGUACAGUCGGGUAUGGGGCUCUUCCAGGCCCUAAGGCACAAGACCUGAGUUUUGAUUAAAAGCUGUUUUCUCACAA